AUGCCCGAAUACACAGAGACCAGAGACUCGAUCAAGAACAUCUGGGGCGAGCGCACCCCCUACAAGCAUCAGUGGCCCACCCGCUGUGACAGCCAUCUGGUCGACACCCCGGACAAAUGGGUCCAGAGCGCCUGUGUCUUAUGCAGCAAUGGUUGUGGCCUGGACAUCGGCGUCAAAGACGGCAAAGUUGUCGGCGUGCGAGGGCGGACAGUUGAUCGAGUCAAUAAAGGGCGACUUGGACCCAAGGGGUUGAAUGGCUGGGUGUCCAUCAACCACCCCGACCGUCUCACGCACCCGCUGAUCCGGCGCAAUGGCAAGCUGGAGAAGGCGACCUGGGACGAGGCCAUGUCGCUGAUUGUGGACCGCGCAAAGGAUAUCCAAUCGCGCCUUACGAAUCAUGGCAUUGGCUUCUAUACCAGUGGCCAGUUGCUACUAGAGGAGUAUUAUGUUCUUGCGAUGGUUGGGAAGGCCGGGUUGAAUACGUUGCACAUGGACGGGAAUACUCGCCUGUGCACUGCAACCGCCGCUGCCAGCAUGCGCGAGUCGUUCGGCAGUGAUGGUCAGCCUGGUUCGUACGCAGACAUUGACUACACCGACUGCUUGUUCCUGGUCGGGCACAACAUGGCCGCUACGCAGACGGUCCUGUGGGCGCGUGUCCUAGACCGUCUCGAGGGACCAAAUCCACCGAAACUGAUCGUGGUUGAUCCCCGGACUUCAGAUACCGCAAAGAAGGCGACAAUUCAUCUACGGCCUAGGUUAGGUACGAACGUCGCUUUGCUGAAUGGACUGCAGCACAUUAUCGUCGAAAACGGCUGGGUCAACGAGCAUUACGUCUCCUCGUAUGUCCGCGGGCUCGACGACCUGAAAAAUGUCGUCAAGAAGUACACUCCAGAAUACGUUGAGGAAAUCACCGGCGUCCCGGUCGCGCAGCUCCAUGAGACCGCGAGAGCACUCGCUUUGUCAGGAAGCCUCCUCUCGACAGCCCUGCAAGGCGUCUAUCAGUCCAACCAAGCCACGGCAGCCGCCUGCCAGAUCAACAACAUCAAUCUACUCCUCGGCCAUAUCGGUAAGCCGGGUAGUGGCAUCCUGCAGAUGAAUGGCCAACCCACAGCCCAAAACAACCGCGAGACCGGCUGCGACGGCGAGUACCCGGGCUUCCGCAACUUCCAGAAUCCAACCCAUAUGAAGGAGAUUGCCGACAUCUGGAACAUUGGCUAUCUCCAGGUUCCGCACUGGAACCAGCCGACGCAUAUCCAGAACAUGCUCAACUUCAUCGAAAGCGGCUCGAUCGAAAUGUUCUGGGUCUCCGGCACGAAUCCGCUCGUCAGCCUGCCGCAUCUGUACCGGGUCCGCGAGCUCCUUACAAAGCCAGCUCUGUUUCUCAUUGUGCAGGAUAUUUUCCUCACAGAGACAGCCGCAAUCGCGGACGUAGUUCUUCCAGCCGCCCAAUGGGGCGAAAAGACAGGCUGCUUCACGAACGUCGACCGGACCAUGCACCUCACCCGCAAGGCCGUCGAGCCACCCGGUGAAGCCAAGCCAGACCUCGACAUCUUCCUCGACUUUGGGCGGCGCAUGGACUUCAAGAAUAAAGACGGAGAUGCGCUGAUCCCGUUUACGCACCCCGAGGAAGUCUUCGAUAAAUGGAAGAAGAUGUCCUUCGGUCGGCCGCUGGACUGCAGCGAUCUGAGCUAUGACAAGCUGUCCGGCGGAUCAGGGAUCCAGUGGCCGUGCACGAAGGAGUAUCCAUACGGCAAGGAGCGGCUGUUCGACGAUGGGAAGUUCUUCACCGACACCGAGUACUGCGAGAGUUUCGGGCAUGACCUUGAAACCGGGGCGCCGUUGACGAAGCAGCAGUACGAAGCGAUGAAUCCCGCUGGCCGGGCGAUUCUCAAGGCGGCGCAUUAUAGGAAGCCGUGGGAGGCGCCGGACGAGGACUUCCCUUUCUACUUGGCAACUGGUCGGAACGUGUUUCAUUUUCAUACGAGGACGAAGACCGGCAGGUCAAAAAGACUGCAGAAUGCGGAUAGGGAUGCCUGCGUGGUGAUCUGUCAGGAAGAUGCGGACGAGGUUGGCGUCGCGAAUGGCGAGAUGGUUAUCGUCCGAUCACGAAGGGGCCAGGUCGAGCUACCUGUUAAAAUUGAAGGCAUCAACAAGGGCCAUGUUUUUAUCCCUUUUCACUUUGGAUACUUUGACUCGCAGGAUAGGAGGGCGCGAGCUGCGAAUGAGCUUACCAUCGAACAAUGGGACCCUGUCUCCAAACAGCCAAUGUUCAAGUCCGGCGCCGUACGCAUCGAAAAAUGCGUGCAGAAAGAGCAAGAGCCCCACGCACGAGAGAAACACACUGAAGCCAUCCACAACGUCGAGCAGCACAAAGCCAACGCAACAUCCACCCGCAAAGACGGGCACGAGGAGCGCGUCCGCUGGCUGGAGAUGUGGCUCGGCGCAACGCACGAAUCCCUCGAAAUGCUCCGCCAGAUCUACAACAACCUCAUCCCACGGCUCGUCCACGACCUAGAGAUCCAAGCCGGUCUCGAAGUCAUGCGCCGCAUCACCGCCGACAUCAUCCAGAAAUUCGAGCCCGUCGUAGCGCGGUACCACGAGAGCCGCAUGUACGGGCGGCAAGUGUGCGAGCGCCUCCGGAGCGCACUCUUCCCGAUGGACGAUACGCAGGAUAACUCGUACGAGACGCUGAUUGUGCUGCAGUCGCUCCAGAUGUUCCUGGGGUAUAUCGAGGGGCAUUUGACGGCGCUAUCGCCGGCGAGUCAGGCGCUGUGGGACGGGGAGUUCGUGGACGCUGUUAAGUUUGCAACGCAAGAAAUCCAGAGGCAGAAGGCGUGGACGACGCAGCAUAUCAAGGUCAAGAGUCCGCAGACUCUGCUUGUUCCGCAGCACCCGCCGAACGAGCUGCAUGGGGAUGUCGAGGAUGGGUAUGGGCUAGCGAGGGAGUUUUAUUACUAG